AUGAGGGGAGCUCUCCUAUCUGAUCCAACCCAUUAUCGACGCCUUGUUGGUUUGCUACAAUAUCUCACUUUGACACACCCCAACAUCUCCUAUGCAGUCAACAAUAUUUGUCAGUUCAUGCAAAAUCCACGAGACACACAUCUCAUUGCCGUUAAGCGUAUAUUUCGGUAUCUCAAAGGUACUCUUAAUAUUGGACUUAAUUUUGUCCAAACUCCUCUCAUUGCACUUCGUGGUUUUUGUGAUGCGGAUUGGGCAGGAUCCAGGGAUGAUCUACGUUCUACAACUGGGUUUGCUAUAUAUAUGGGUGAUAACUUGUUAUCUUGGGGAGCUAAGAAGCAAGCUACCGUGUCUCGCUCUACAGCGGAAGUAGAAUACCGUGCGUUGGCAUCAACCACAGCUGAACUUAUGUGA